UCCUCUCCUCCCACCCAGCCCCGACCUCCUGCAUCCUCCCCCCGGCCUUCCCCCUCCCUCCAUCCGCUCCUCCAUCACUCCUCCCCGGGCCGCUGAGGCAGGACCACCGCUCCGUCAGCGCCAGCAGCCGCAGGGACGCGAUGAACCGACGGCGCAGGCUUCAGGCUCCCGGUGCUGAGCUGAAGGACGAGGAGGGGAAGUGAGGACAGAAAGACAACCUGAGGUGGCACUAGAGCUCGUCCGGCUCCAUGUCUGCUCCUGCUCCAGCCAAUCGGAGGUCUACGUCGGGUUCUCGCCGAUUCAACCCUCUGAAGGCGCUGCAGCCCAAACGCCGCUUGCAGCAAAUUCUGGCGUCCUCGCCCGUGCCGGUGUCCAAGCCGGCGUCCGGGUCGGGGACGGCGGCGCCAGCGGCCUCGGCGCCGGUGGCCAUUCCUGUGCCGGCUCCGCCUGCGUUUGACUAUUGCAGGUUCAUUGAGCUAGACUACGUUCCCAUGGAGACAGGCUAUAUGGUCUCAAUGCGCCCGACUAAAGGUUACACAUCGACCAAGUCACCGACUAAAGGAUACACUUCCACCAAGUCUCCAGACCGACACAGCCGCUCGACAAACUCUCCCUCCACCCCUCGUUCCCGGCGGACUCCGGCCACGCCCAGCAAUAGAGAUCCCUAUGGCAACACCUCCCUCAGCAGCAGCAGCAACUCAGGCUCUUGUAAAGGCAGCGACUGCAGCCCCACCAAAGGACGUCACCAGAAGUACACGUCAUGUACAGACAACCAUGGGAUUCGCCCGCCUCCACCAGAACAGUACCUCACACCCCUGCAACAGAAGGAGGUGUGCAUCCGACACUUGCGGGCCAGGCUAAAAGAAACCAUCAACACACUGCAGGAUAGGGACACAGAGAUAGAUGAGCUGAAAGGUCGGCUUUACCGGAUGCAGGAGGACUGGGUCGAGGAGGAGUGUCACCGAGUGGAGGCUCAGCUGGCCCUGAAGGAGGCACGUCAGGAAAUCCAGCAGCUCAAACAGGCUGUGGAAACUGUUCGUGCCAGGCUCAGCGAUGCCGGGGGACUCAGCGGGGACGCAGGGGUCCAGAAGUACUUCCAGGACAUCAACACUCAGAACCACAAGCUCGAAAACCUUUUGCUCAGCAUGGAGUUGGCCCAGGCCGGAUUAGCCAAGGAGGGGGAAGCCAUACCGGGCUGUCGCACCCGUGUUGGGGGUUCAGCACCAGCAUCUGUCUCGGGGGAAAGUCCUGGGGGAGUACCCAAACUGUCAGUAGGAGGUAGGGGGUCUUGCUCUUGUGAUGGUUCUCCAGCACGUUCUCUGACUCGGAGCUCCACCUACACCAAGUUGAGUGAUCAGGCGCUGGCGGAUCGCAACGGCAACGGGUCGGAUUUUCCUUGUCUUUCAGGUGACGGCACCCAGGACAGCGGCUUUGUGUGCUGUGGGGAGAGCAGCAUUCCCAGCCGGGCCGACCUGCUGCUGGAAGCCGCCUUUCUAUCCGAGGAAACCGCAUCUUUACUUAACUCCUACUCGCAGACCUUCUCCCACUCUUUGCCUCACUCUCUACCCAACUCUUUGCCUCACUCUCUACCCAACUCUUUGCCUCACUCUCUACCCAAUUCUCUGCCUCACUCUCUACCCAACUCUCUGCCCCACUCUUUGCCUAACUCUCUGCCUCACACCUACUCCCACACCUUACCUCAUUCCUUCCCUCACAAUUUGUCUCACGCUGUGCCACACACUAUGCCGCACUCCUCCACCUAUGAGAAGCUGUGCACAGGCGAGCGUCUGUCACCUUUUCGUUGUGGUCUGGGAGGUGUGAGCUGCAUGAGCCACCCUUGUCUGUCUCACCACCACCUGUACCUACAUCCUUUGAGGGAGAUGGGCAUUCAGACGGAGAGCUGCCCCAUUCCCGCCACAGCAGGGUAUCCUUCUGAUCUGGACACCAUUGCAGAGCAGCGCACCUUCCGGUCCCAGGCCUGCAGCCCCACCUCCACCUGGAUGUCCGACGAGGGGGACGAGGAGCUCGACUCCAUUACCACCACGACUUCAGUAACCACGGCGACUGUCAUGAGUACGGCCACAGAGCCAAUCCCAGUUUCUAAAACACCGCUGGUCCCUCCUUUACCACGAUCCGCCACUGUGGCCUGUUCUAUGGAGAGUCCUUUGCGUGGCAGGAAGGAGGAAGAGGAGAAAGAGGAAAAACAGGAGAAGGAGAAGCAAGAGAAGGAAGCUUCUGCAACAGAGGACAAGGUGCAAACCCCUGUGAUCAGACUGGUAGAAGAAGUGCAGCAGACACAGGUGGGCUCAGUGGAAGGGAAGGAGGUGGAAAGUCAGGGUGCUGGGGAGGCAGCACAAGGAAAUCUGUGUGAUUUAGCAGAGACAUCAGCAGGGACACAGGCUGAGCUUAGGUUUGCAGGAUGCUGUGGAGAAGGCAUGCAGAGUGGGACAACACUUGCAAACCUUAAAGCUGAGGACAGGCAGCAAGAAGUUUCUCUAUCAGCAGGCUCAACCCAGACAGAGACAGUUGAGCCAAGUCCAAGUAGCCCAGGAUUAUCUCCAGGCGUAGAACAACCUCAUACAUCUCAACCAAGGAGAUCUGCUUCCAGUGAGGAGAUAGCUGGCGUCACGGUGGUGGAGGUGCACGACGAGGACGAGGACGAUGACGAGGAUGAACCUAAAGAACAAGGAGCAACAGGGGGCGCUGCAGCAAAGGAUGGAGAUUCUGGGACAAUUCAAAAAAGCUACUGGAGUCGUCACUUCCUAGUGGAUCUGCUAGCGGUGGCCAUUCCGGUGGUGCCAACGGUGGCGUGGCUUUGUCGUGGUCCAGUCCGCAACGGUCAGCCCAUGUACCACAUAGGGUCACUGCUGAGAGGCUGUUGCACUGUGGCGCUGCACUCACUUCGCAGGGGAGGUGGGUUGAGGCAUUACCCCGCAGGCGGGGGAGACCUGGGGGGCUCACAGAUAUAAGAGGAGGAUCUGAUCAGCAACCUCGACGGUCCUUAACCAAACCUCACCUGUGUGGGUUGUUGGAAGAUACCUACAGGGUGAGUAGAAGAAGAGAAAGAACCUCCUGUCCUGCACUUCUUAUCAAGGUCAGCAGCUGAGAGGAGUAUCAAGGUCGGGAAACGUGCAUUUCGGACUAAUAUCUGUGACCGGUGAACUAAUCUGUUUGGUCCUGCUCCUCAUUGUCUCACCCAGUGGUCCUUGCUGUUGCUACCUAAAUGUCCGUCAACACGACUGACUUGUACAAAACUGGAUGAGCUGAUUGAAAUGAAUGAUCUAUGCUUGGACGUUUGACACCGAUUGUUUUUUUUUUUAUUCUUAAAUGCAGGGAGAAUGUUAAAGAUUUGAUUAUAUGUCAACCUAUUCUCAAUUCUGACAUGUUCAGUUGUUCAUGAGUUGGUGAAUGUGUACAUUAAAUACAGUAUAUUGAGUACAGCUCUGUGCAAUAUAGCUUUAAUGUCAAACGUUAUCAUCUCUCAGUAACUCCAUUACUUUAAACUGGAACAGUAGCUAUUUGUUCUUCUGUCAAAUGAGCUUCACUGUCAGGUCUAUGCAUUCACUGUGGCCAGAUCCACACCUUUGCUGGACAGAUUUAUCUUGGUCUCAUCUGACCAAAGAAUGUGUUUAUAAUACAUUCUUUGGUCAGAUGAGACCAAAGAAUGUGUUCAUAACAUUCAUCAAGUUUCCUUUCAUGCAGUUCAGUAAAGUUUUAUGCUGCACUUUUGUGUCUGUGGCUCUGAUUAGUGGUACUACGGCUCCUUCUGCACCUCCUGAUGACUGCUGCAGCUGCAUAUUCAGUGAUUUUGAGUCACACAUCGUUCUUUUUGUAUAAUUUUCCAUUCCGUUUGUGAAGUGUCACAAUCAGAUUUUUACUUUUUUUUUUUACCAUGCGGAGCCAUGAUGCAGACAUGCAGAUAGAUUCAGCCCAUAGGGCCAAAACUCACAAGGUUUCGCUGCUCACAGCUCAUUUUCUAACCAUGUUCAUGCAGUUAGACUGAUUGGAAGUCUCAUGUGGACUCCGUUUAGUUUUCAAUGAUCACAGGUUUUCGGGAUUGUGCUUCAUUUGCUAGAAGUAAUGCAGCUUUUAGAGGUGAUUCAAUUGUGAAUCAUUUGACAUUUAAGAUAUUGCACUGAGAUGUACUCACUUCUGCUGUGUACUGCAUAUGUAUAAAAGUGUGUACAUGUAUAGCUAAGCUACAAGAAGCUACACACAAUGACUGAGAGAAAAUCCACUCUAAUAUAAAAUUUGCAUGUUUCUAAUAACUGCAGGCAUUUUUCAUCGAACUCUGAGAUUUUCAAAAUUUUAAUGCUAUUAGAAAAUAACAACAUACAGACAGAACUCAGGUUUGUUCUGAGGGUAGAAACACAGCCAACCCAGUCAGGUUUUUCAAUCUACUCUUACUCUGUUUUGUUAUUUCUCUUUAUGCCGGGUUCAGAGUAAGCAAGAAUUUGUCCUUGAAUUGUUCAUCUGACUGAUUUUAGAAUCGGUGCAAAUUUCUGCAGCAUCCAGAAUGACUGAAAAUUUGCAGAAUGACACAAAUUUGUCCAAGAUGCUUUAAAAACCAUCCAAUAUGACUCAAAUUUUGUCUAAAAUGACUUGAAAAUGAUCCAGAAUUGCAGAAAAUUCGCCCAGAAUUCCACUAAAGUUGUCGGCAAUGACAAAAAUCUUCCUAAAAUGAUUUCAAAAUGUACAAAAUGACUUUAAAAAUGACCAAAAUUACUUAAAUCUGUUCAGAAUAAACUGAAAACAUUUUUUAAAUGACUGAAAACUAUCAAAAUGGCAUGAGAGGAUUAGAAGCAGAGUGGUCUAACCCACAAAAAAUCAGAACUGAGUUUUAUAUAAUUUCUGCAAUAUUUUAUGGUCUAGUGGCAGUGGUGGCGCAACGGUUAAGUCUCUGGACUACUGAUCAGAAAGUCAGAGGUUCAAGCCCCGAUGCAGCCACUGUUGGGCCCUUGAGCAAGGCCCUUAACCCUUCCUGCUCCAGGGGGCGCUGUACCGCAGCUGACCCUGCGCUCUGACCCCCCCAAUUGGGGAGAGAUGCGAAAAUCAGAAUUUCCCCUCGUGGGAUUAAUAAGGGAUAAUUAAAAAAAAAUAAAUAAAAAUAAAAAAAAUGUUAGUGACAAAGUGUUCUAACCCACAACUCAAAUAUAGCCUUACAGUGAAUGUUAGACCAUUCUUGAAAACACAAAACUUUGAACCCAUUUUUCUCCAAAACUACAGAAAAUGGGUCAGACCACUCUGCUUCCAAACCCUUAUUGUCCAAAAUGACUUGAAAAUGAUCCAGAAUUUCAGAAUGUUUUCCAGAAAUUAUCCAAAACUAUGAAAAUUUGUUUAGAAUGACAUGAAAAUAGUCUAAAAUGACUGGAAAAUUAUCCAAAAUCAGUCAGAAUUUCUCUCAAAUGAUUAACAAUGACCCAGAAUGACAGAAAAUUUGCAGAAUGACACUAAAUCUGUCCAAGAUGCUUUAAAAAUCAUCCAAAAUGACUCGAAAUUUGUCUAAAAUGAGUUGAAAAUGAUCCACGAUUGCAAAAAAUUUGUCCGGAGUUACACAAUAUUUGUCAGAAAUGAAAACAAUCUUCCCAAAAUGACUUAAAAAAUUGACUUAAAUUACUUAAAUCUAUUCAGAAUUAACUGAAAACUUUCUAAAAAAUCACUGAAAACUUUCAAAAUGACAUGAGAGGGUUAGAAGCAGAGUGGUCUAAUCCAGAAAUAAUCUGAACUGAGUUUUAAAUAAUUUCUGUAAUAUUUUAUGGUCUAGAUGUUAGUGGUAAAGUGUUCUAACCCACAACCCAAACAUAGCGUUACAAUGAAUGUUAGACCAUUCUUGAAAACACAAAACUUUGAACCCAUUUUUCUCAAAAACUACAGAAAGUGGGUCAGACCAUCUGCUUCCAAACUCUUAUUGUGCUUCAAAAAUGAUCCAAAAUGAUUCUAAAUAGUCUUAAAUGACUGGAAUCAGAAUUUUUCUCAAAUGAUUAAAAAUUAUCCAGAAUUACUUAAAAUUUGCAGAAUGACACUAAAUUUGUCCAAGAUGCUUUAAAAAUCAUCCAAAAUUACUUGAAAUUUGUGGAAAAUGACUUGAAAAUGAUCCAAAAUUGCAGAAAAUGUGUCCAGACAUCUGGUUCAACCAAUAGAUUUGUGACUUUGUAGAAGAUUUUACAACUUUAGAAAACAAUCAUUGUGGCGGUUAUUUACUCUUUUGUCGCAACAAUCGUAAACUGGUCUUCACUGAGAGGAAAAAAACUGAACUUUUCAGGUCACGAAGGAUAAAAACGAAGUUACUUCAAUCACAGUUCAUACUCUUGGAUAGAGAUCAACAUUGUGGAUGUGACAAUCACUUGAUUUUGCUUAGAAAUUCCUUCCUUCCCAGUGGAUAAACUAGAUGCAAAACCCAACAGUGGAAACAACAAAAACUCAAAAAAAGUCUUGAAAUAUUUCUAACAAUCUUUGAAGGGUUUGGAAGCAGAGUGGUUUAACCCACUUCCUGUAGAAUGGUCUAACAUUCCCUGUAACGUUAUAUUUGGGUUGUGGGUUAGAACACUUUGCCACUAAAAUCUAGACCAUCAAAUGAUAGAGAAAUAAUGUAAAACUCAGUUCUGUUUUUUGUGGGUUAGAUCACUCUACUUCUGAAGCCCUCAUUUAUUUGCUGGAUGCCAAAAGUUCAAACAGGCUCCUUUCACUAUGUCUUCUAAUUACACUCGUUUCUUCUGCAUGUGUUUCAUGGAAGCUGACUUCAUCUCAGUGAGUCAACUCUUGAUAUUUACAUAAUACUAUUUACAUUUUCUUCAGAAGAUUUUCUCAGGAUUUGGUGAACAGUUGAGCUUUAUUUGCACGGAUACCUGGCUAAUAACGUAAUAACGUUUCUGCUUUGUUCACUUUAGAAAGAAGCUGUUUGAUUUCCCUCAGUCCCAGUAUUCUCACCAUCGCAGGCAAAAGCUCACUAAUAAUGAGCGAAGCGCCGCUUUUCAUAGAAAAUGAAAGGCAGCUGGUGAUUGUACCUGCCUUUGGUGUGUUGUUUGUGUUUCUGCCCUGAGAGUGUCAUGAUUAAAUCUCCAGAAAUCAAAUAAAACUGAUUCAGAAAUCAGAUUUAUUCAACUGAAUAACACAACAAAAAACAAGAGCUACAUAUUUUAUGACAGCAGCGAAACCUCCUCAUGUGUUUCUUUUAAUUCUAUUUCAGUCCCUGUGCAGUUACAGUCCACAUAUAUUCUACUGAAAGAAAUAGUUUAACAUUGUGGGCAACGCUUCCACGUCUUUAAGGGUCAUUCCAGAAUUGGAGGACAUUUGGGCUUCAAAUUUUUGAAAAAUAAACCUUCUCUUAUACUAUUUUCUGCUCCCUGUUCAUCAAUAAUAGAUAAUAAACUGUCAAAGGCUUGAUUGGUUCAGCUUACACAUUAAUGGUAGCAUUUUUAUUCCAUGUUUUCUGUGUUGUUUGCUAACCCUACUCUAAUCACAGUAACAGGGUUGCUAAUCCAUGCUAAUGUGAUCUUUUUCUCAGCAGUAGAAGCUAGAUAUUUAGCUAGUUGUUACUGCUGACCAAGAGGACAAACUGACUGAUGGAAAACAGUCAGAAGAAUGAGUCUGAUCCUGAUAAUAUGAGGUAGAGUAAGACAUUCAAUCAAGGCUGACAAUGUUCUGUCAUGUGAUUCACUGUUUUCUUCUUCUUCUAGCAGCUAAAAAGGUUAUGCUACCAGGGUUGCUGUGGGACACACGUUCAAUCCAUAAUAAUUAUUAUUUCAAUUAUUAUGUUGAUUAAAAAAUGUUCCCACAGUUACAAGAGACAUUAAUGAAAAAAAUAAUACCAAAAUAGUUAAUUUGAACAGUUUUAUUUGAGAUUCAAUGUGGUCAUCAGAGGGGUGGGACAAGAGAAAGAUGGUAUUUUAUGGGGGAAUUCCAGACUUAUUUGGUAUUUAAAAAGUAUUUUCAAACAUUCUUUUCUCCUGUUUUUUUAGAUUUGGUCUCAGGACAAGAACAUUUGCACAACUGCUUGUUUUAGUAUUUUGUACAUGGAUUAUUUGAAAUUUAAUGACAUAGAAUGUCCUCCAAUUCUGUAUUAACCCUUAUGGUAAAUAUGAGUCAUUAGCCAGCAUGUGUUUAGCUUAGCUUAGCAUUAAAGGUCCCAUAUUGUGCCCCUUUUUCAGCAACUUAAAGAAAGUCUUGCAUGUGUCCAAAAUAUUUCCACCUCAAAAUACUGCAAAGAUGCUUCACUUUCAGAAUGACAUAACUCCUGGCUUUUUCCUGCUCUGAACAGGCUGUUUUAGUAUCUGUAGCUUUAAAUGCGGCUGAGCUGCUGCUGUCCCCACCCCCUUCAGGAAGAAGACACUCUCUGCGCCUGUGAUUGACAGUGCAGAGACAAACAGAAAAUAAUUGAGUCUGUUAGCUAAAAUUCAAUGUGGAAAUAGGAUUCAAAUAGCCGUUGUCUUUAACUUGUGUGUUUGGUGAGUUUGUCAGAAGACGUUUUAAAAUUAGCAUUUUAGCUGCAGACUUCUGGUUAACGUGUAGUCCUACUGAGCUGCGUUUCAGUCACUGUUUUGUGCUUGUACUGUUUUCUGACAACAAAAACAGAAAAACGCGUAAAUGAGAACAACCUUAUUGGGAAGUUGGCUGUAUUACAUUGCAGUUUGUGUGAGCACAGAGAGCAGGAGAGAAGCUAAUGGAUGUGAAGAACUGAUUUUCACUAUAUGGGAUCUUUAACAGCUCAUCAGGCUCAGUCCAAAGGUAAACAACAGCUGAAACCCGAGUGUAGGAAUGACAACUUGGGAUUUUAAUUUCAUCACAGUCUUUGCUGUUGGGUUUGUAGUUGUUGGGGAGAACAACAUGCAGAUUAUAUUUCAGGGUGGAAUAUUUUCAAUUCUCAGUCAUAUGGUUGGUCUUUGUACCAUAAAGAUAACAUUGGAAGCAAAUUUAUCAAACUAUUGAAUCAGUAAAAUAACAGAUUUUAAUUUGGGUUUCCUCCAUUUCACUUAACACUUACAGAAAACCUCUUUAGGUGAUUAACUCUCAUCUAAAUCAUGAUCUAACUCUUUGUUUGUAGAUACUCACUGGCUCAGUUUGACUCCUGGCUGUAGAUCUGAAUGAAGUGAGUUGUGCUCAGUCUGUGAUCCGUGCUGUAUAUUUCUGCUAAACGCUCUCGUGGUGUAGUUUUUAUCUGGUAGUGUGUAUUUCAAGUCCACCGUACAAGAGUUUAGUCAGUCACUGCAAAUAAAUCAACUUUAUUUGUUUAACGAAUCAUUCUGCAAAGCAUUUCUAGACACGGAGUACGACAUGAUAGCCGACACUCCAAAUGUACAUUUAUAAGGUAUCUGGGUUGUAAUCGCAUUUAGAAUCAGGGUAUUUCCUUUGUGUGAAUUUGUGCUUUUAUGAGAGGACUUUGAUGAAAGUUGGAUUUCUUCUUUGUGCUGAUCUUGUGUAGACAUUAAACUGGAUGUUUAAUAAGAACAACUAACAAAGUCAUGGAAGGACUGAACAGGUCUGCUGGGUUCAGGAUCAGGGAGACUGUUAGUAGUAACUAAGUCCACCAGAAAAAUAUCUAGAAAGACUAGAAAGAGCUGUACAACAACUACAAAGAGACACAAAGCAACUACAAUCAGAAGCAAAGCAACUCCAAAGAGACAGAACAACUACAUAGAAAGGCAAAUGGCUAGAGCAAAAUAAAACAACUCCAAAGAGAUGCAAAACAACUACAGAGACACAAAGCAACUGCAAAAACAAAAAAAACAGCUACUGAAAGAAGCAAAACAAAUUCGAAGAGACAACACAACUGCAAAAGAGAUUCAAAACAGCUCCAAAGGGAAACAAAGAAACUACCAAAAAACACAAAACCAUACAAGUAGACCCAAAAAAAUACAGAGACACAAAGCAACCACAAAGAAUGAUAAAGUAACCCAACAGAAGCUCAAAACCACCACAAAGAGACAUAAAACAACCACAAAGAGACGCAAAAAAUACAGAGAUCCAAAGCAACUAUGAAGAAUGAUAAAAUAACCCAACAGAGACACAUAACAACCACAAAGAGACACAAAACAACCACAAAGAGACACAGAACAACCACAAAGAGACACAAAACAACCACAGCGACAUAAAACAACUACAGAGACACAAAGCAGACACAGAGACGUAAAACAACUACAGACACAAAUUACUACAAAGAGGCACAAAACAACCACAGAGACAUAAAACAACUACAGACACAAAGCAGCCACAAAGAGACAUAAAACAACUACAAAGAUACAUAAAACAACUAAAAAGAAACGCAAAGCAAUCACAAACAGACAUAAAACAACUACAGACACAAAAUUACUAACCACAGAGACAUAAAACAACAACAGACACAAAACAACCACAAAGAGACACAGAACAACCACAAAGAGACACAGAACAACCACAAAGAGACAUAAAACAACCACACAAACACCACAAAACUGGAGGUGUAGUUUUUUCACUGCUGUGCUCAGAGGCCUGAAGUCAAACAAUCAUCCAUGAAUCAACUAUAAACACUAGAAAUAGUCAAACCAGCAAAAUUGUUCUGACACCAACUGACUUGUUGAGUUCUCGGUUGAUGACGAAAUACAGGAUUUAUUUAUUUUUUAUCCUUUGGUUGACAUUUUUUGCACUAUUGUUCACUUUAUGAAUUUUGAGUGAUUACUGGAAGUUCAGACUGUAAACGUUUCCAAAGCGUCCGCUGAGUUCUGCCUGAUUGUUUUGUUGCUCAUAUGAUGAUGUUUUAGCAUUUUAUCCUUAAAAACACCACUAACAUACACGUCACUGUAAAGCUGUAUCCUUUCAUCCUGAAUGAGAUUUCUUUACGUUUGACCACAAGAACUGUCCAAAGUAAUAACGUGUGAAGUGCUGCUGGUGGAGAUGGAGGUGGAGGUGGAGGUGGAGGUGGAGGUGGGGUUCAUGCUAGUGGUCUGGUUGGGUAGUUGACAGUCAUGUUAAUGGCUGUCCAUUACUGAGAGCCACGAAGAGAUUGAAUCAGAGACGGACCGUCCUCCACCUUCCCUCAGCAUCGGUUGUGUUUCCAUCUCCCGACUGUGUGAAACUUUGUGGGUUUGGAGGCUGAAAUGUUUCCUGUUUUACUAGAAGCCAUAAAUCCUGUGAGAAUGUGGGAGGCAGCCUCCGCCUCGGUGAUUCCUGCUGUUUGUCUGGACUGUUCUGUGAGUUUACAGUCAGAAGGCAGCGUUUCGUAAUAAAAACAGGUUCAGGGUCAGGGUCAGGUUCAGGUUCAGGGUCAGGGUCAGGGUCAGGUUCAGGUUCAGGUUCAGGUUCAGGUUCAGGGUCAGGGUCAGGGUCAGGUUCAGGUUCAGGUUCAGGGUCAGGGUCAGGUUCAGGUUCAGGCUGGUGGUUCCUGCAGCGUCAUCUUAUUUUACCUCUAUGCACUCCAGCUAGCAGCAUCAUGUUGAGAUGUGCUAAUAAAUGUACUUUUUGUCGAGGCUCUGGCUGUAAAAUUAUGUCCUGAUUCCUGAAAUAUUGACUCAUGAAGCCUCUGACGUCCUAAAACAUGUUGGUUAUUUUCAUAUUGUGCAUAAACUGGUUGAACACAGUGAUGAAUAUAUGUAGAGUUGUUGUUUUUUGUUCAGAUGUUAUUGUCUUGUUUUCUUAAGUUAUCUUGCUUUCACAAAUAUAUUGUUUUCUCAAGUUUUCUUGGUUUUUACAAGUUAUUAUCUUGUACAUACGAGUUAUUUUCUUGUCACAAGUUAUCUUGUUUGUAAAAGUUAUUAUCCUGUUUUAACAAGUUAAUAUCUGUAUUUACGGGUUAAUAUGUUGUUUUAACAACUUAUCUUGUUUUUACGAGUUAUUAUUUUGUUUUUACUGGUUAAUGUCUGGAUUUUGCGAGUUAAUAUCGUUUGUACAAGUUAUUAUGUUGUUUUCACAAGUUAUCUUGUUUUUACAUGUUAAUAUAUUGUUUUAUGAGUUAUCUUGUUUUAAUGAGUUAAUAUCUUGUGUUUACAAGUUAUUAUGUUGUUUUUACAAGUUAAUAACUUGUUUUGACCAGUUAAUAUCUUGUAUUUAUGAAUUAUUAUCUUGUUUUAAUGAGUUAGUAUCUUGUUUGUACAAGUUUUUAUCUUGUUCUCACAAGUUAUCUUAUUUUUAUGAGUUAUCUAGUUUUUACAAGUUAAUAUCUUGUAUUUACGAGUUUUAUGAGUUAUUAUCAUGUAUUUAUGAGUUAUUAUCUUGUAUUUAUGAGGUAAUAUCUUGUUUUGUGAGUUAUCUUGUUUCCACAAAUUCUUAUAUCGUUUCUACAGGUUAAUAUCUUGUUGUCAAGUUAUCUUGUUUGCAGAAGUCAUCAUUUAAUAUCUUGUUCAUACAAGAGAAAAUACCCUCUAAUUAUUACUGGUCUGCUCAUGUAACAGAUAUUUUACAUAAAACUCAUAAUUUACAUAAUUUGCCCACAAGUUGUCUUCAAGCAACAAGAUAAUACUGAAUGUUGUGUAUUUCACGUCUCUUAUGGAUUUUGUAAACAUGUGUUCAUGUUUUGUUCAUACAAGAAGGCAGCAAAUGUUGAUUUUGUGAGCAUAAGUAAUAAUUUGAUCUUUCUGGGACUUCAUGGGACUCUAUUCAGAAACUUUCUGUCAUUUACUGUGUUUGAUGUCCGCUGGUGUUUUAUUUAGUGUUUGGAGAGGCUGUACUGUCUUUAUUUCUGUCCUAAUAGGGUUUAAAACUCAAUCACACCACGAACCCUUCAGGGCGUUUAGUCGUCCUUUAAUCAGCGACGUCCAAACAUUCAGACGGUAAAUUAAACGCUUCGGUCCCAGCAGUAAUUAAAAGUUUGAUCCACUGAACCUUCACCACUCAGAACUCCUGUGAAACUUCCUGCGAUGCCACGAAGAGCGGAGCGUCCUGCACCUGUCCCAUGAUGCACCUGAACUUCCUGUCACUGUACAGUACGUGGUGGUGACUGACUCUAGACCACACAUACGAUGCUGAAUAGUUUGUUUUGUGGAACACAGGCGACUUUUUUUGUUUUUGUUGGACAAUAUUUGAAUGUGUAUCGUCACUUUCUGCUUCGUUCCUUGUCUGAAUGUCUGUAUUCCCUCCAAUAUGUAACGAUGAUUAAUGUAUACAGACGUCCUGUCCUUUAGCGUCCCGCCACUGGGGACAUCCAAGGCCUUGUAUAGGAGGACAUCAGUAAUAUCUACAGAUAACGUCGUGUAAAUUAACUAUUUUAAUGGCAAUAGUAGUGUGUACAGUAUAAACAUCACUAGACUCCAUCUCCCACCACACUGUAUAAAGAAAGAGCAGAAGCCCCAAAUAUUAAACAGCAUGGAGGAAACGUUC